AUGUGGUCCACUCAGCCAUUAGGUGAAGUAAAUGAUAUCGAUAAUGAUGAUGAUGAAAAUGAAACUGAGCCAACCAAUGCUUUCACCCAAUAUGAUAGAUGCUCCAUAAUUGGAAAAAAGUUUAAUAGCUCAGACGAUGCUUAUACUUUUUACAACGAAUAUGGUCUUUUCAAAGGUUUUGGUAUUAGAAGGCAUUACUAUAACAAGCACACGGCCACAAAUGAAAUAUAUCGGCAAGUAUUUGUAUGUAAUAAGCAGGGUUACAAGAAUGCUAAGCGAAUGAAAAAUGAUGGCAAACCACGUUGCAUUAAGAGAACAGGAUGUAAGGCUACAUUACAGGUGACUUUGUCAACACUAGGAACUUGGGUUGUCGACAAAUUUCUUGAUGAUCACAAUCAUCCUUUAGACGACCCAUCAAGAGCGCCACAACAAUGGUCUCACAAGGUAUUUCAUCGUACCAAAGAAUGUCGUGAUCUUGUAACUUUGUUGUCAAAAACAGGUGUGAGACCUAGUGAGAUCACAAAAAUAGUGAAUGUGUAUAAAGGCGACCAAGAUGACAAGCUCACACGAGUUCAAUGUUCUUCAAUUAUCAAUGGUGAAAGGAAAACUAACUUAGGCAAAGAGUGUCACGGAAUAAUCAUGCAUUUUCAACCGAAAGCCGCAACAGAUAAAGAUUGCUACUUUGCAAUGGACUUGAAUGCUGAUGGAACAUUUAGAAGUGUGUUUUGGGCAGAUGGUAGGUCACGGUCGUCUUUUAAUCAGUUUGGUGACGUUGUUGUUUUUGACGUGACUUAUAAGACAAAUAAGUUUAGCUUACCAUUUGCUCCAUUUGUUGGAGUUAACCACCACAACCAAACUAUUUUGUUUGGAGGUGCACUGUUGGAGAAUGAGACCGAGUCAACAUUUACAUGGUUGUUUGAGCAUUUUUUGAAAUCAUGUUUUGGAACAUCUUCAACCAUUACGUACUCAAGCAUCGUUAUUGUGCUGGAAGACGGUUGA